AUGUAUAUUCAGAAUGAAAUAACUUAAAUCAAUAUAACUCAUAAUUUCAUAUUACUAUUUUAAAAAGUAUUUAUUAAACUCAUAUUAUUUAUUCAUUUUUUUAUAAUAUCCUAUUUCAAAUAUAUUUUAAAUAAAUAAUAGAUAAUACCAUAAAACCCCAUUAAGGAAAAAGAAUGUGUUGCGAGGUAAGAGGUAAGAGUCUUAAAAUUCUAAGGAGAACUUUUAAAAAAUCUUCUUUUAAAAAACCUCCUAAAAUAAGAACUUUCACAGUAUUUAUAAUAAAUAUUAAAUGAAUUUAGGUUUUUAAAAAGAAGAAGGUAAACAAAAAUGAGGAAGAUGAAAAAGAAGCUAGAAGUAAGUAAAAAUAAAAGUAUGUGA